AUGGCUGAGGAAGCUUCUCCCGAAAAGACGUCUGCCGAAGAGUCUUUCCUGUCACAACCCAACUCCGAUGCCCAAGGCCAGCUCACUGUGGCUGUCGAUGAGCUCCUCGAUCAAUUACAGGGCAAGUUCGAUCAUGUCUCAAAGGAGGUUUUUGGGAAAUUGGACGACAUGACCCGUCGACUGGACGAGCUGGAGGCCUCUAUGGCCGGAUCUGCAAACGAAUCAACAUCGGCGACACCAACUAAAUAG